AUGCUUAACAAUUUUCAUGGCUGGGAUUCGCAUUGGACAUUAAUUUUGUUGGGCCCGUACCUUCAUUGGACCAAGAUACGGAGUCUAUUGUCCGUAAGACUGGUAUUUACGUAUGUUUCUUCCAACGUUAGAUUCAUAGACUUGGUAUUUUUGAUGGUCCGUGCCAAUACUUCCUAUAACCUACUUUUGUUGAGUAAAUGCCAAAAAUAUUGUAGCACUCGCAAUGUUCUCUUGCUGAUCGUUUGCUAUAGAGUGAAUUACUUGGAUAGCAAAACUUUGGGUGUAAACAUUGAUGGGAUGUCUUUACAAGAGCGACAUCAACUUUUUAUUUUAUCUGUAUUUGAGACACUUUAUUUGGGAAACACGGUUUAUGAGAUCAUACUCAACAAUAAAUGCAUAGAUCACAUAACACGAGAGGAUGCGUGGAGUAAAUCUGAGAUUCAAGAAAAGACUGGAUCUUCAUAUUCCGUUUAUCCAUUGACCAAAGAAGAUCUAUUUGAAUAG